AUGCUGUCCGGGAAGAAGGCCGCCGCCGCCGCCGCCGCGGCGGCCGCGGCGGCGGCAGCGGCGGCCGAGGCGGGUCCCGGGGCGGCACCGGGCGGCGGCGGCGAGAACGGGGCCGAGGCGGCGGGGGCGGGUUCGGCCGGGGCCCCCCCGCCGUCCGGAGUGUCGGGCCCGGCGGACGUUGUCCCCGGGGCGGAGCGGACCCCCCGCAAGAAGGAGGCCUCGCGGGCCUCCCCGCCGGGGGCCCCGCCCGACGCCCCGGGACCCGCCGCCGGGCCCACCCCGGCCGGACCCGCCAACAGCGCCGCCGCCAACGCCAACAGCGCCGCCGCCAACAGCGCCGGCGCCGGCGCCCCGCCCGGCCCGCCCGGCCCGCCCAUGGACACCGGCAUCGCCGAGACCCCCGAGGGCCGCAGGACCAGCCGCCGCAAGAGGGCCAAGGUGGAGUAUCGGGAGAUGGACGAGAGCCUGGCCAACCUCUCAGAAGACGAGUACUACUCGGAGGAGGAGAGAAACGCCAAAGCGGAGAAGGAGAAGAAGCUCCCCCCGCCCCCUCCGCAGGCUCCCCCCGAGGAGGAGAACGAGAGUGAAUCGGAGGAGCCGUCGGGGCAAGCAGGAGGACUUCACGACGACAGUUCUGGAGGGUAUGGAGACGGCCAAGCAUCAGGUGUGGAGGGAGCGGCCUUCCAGAGCAGGCUCCCCCACGAUCGGAUGACGUCUCAAGAGGCUGCCUGCUUUCCGGACAUCAUCAGCGGCCCCCAGCAGACUCAGAAGGUUUUCCUGUUCAUCCGGAACCGCACGCUGCAGCUGUGGCUGGACAACCCCAAGAUCCAGCUGACAUUCGAGGCCACCCUGCAGCAGUUGGAGGCACCGUACAACAGCGACACAAUGCUGGUCCACCGCGUCCACAGCUACCUGGAGCGCCAUGGGCUCAUCAACUUUGGCAUCUACAAGAGGGUGAAGCCCCUUCCGACAAAGAAAACGGGGAAGGUGAUCAUCAUCGGUUCUGGGGUCUCAGGACUGGCGGCGGCACGCCAGCUGCAGAGCUUUGGCAUGGACGUCACGCUGCUGGAAGCCAGGGAUCGCGUCGGUGGGAGAGUUGCCACCUUUCGCAAAGGAAACUACGUCGCCGACCUGGGGGCCAUGGUGGUCACUGGCCUCGGUGGGAACCCGAUGGCUGUGGUGAGCAAGCAGGUGAACAUGGAGCUGGCCAAGAUUAAGCAGAAAUGCCCCCUGUACGAGGCCAACGGGCAAGCUGACGCUGUCAAGGUGCCGAAGGAGAAGGACGAGAUGGUAGAGCAGGAGUUCAACCGGCUGCUGGAAGCCACGUCCUACCUCAGCCACCAGCUGGACUUCAACGUCCUCAACAACAAGCCCGUGUCCCUGGGCCAGGCCCUGGAGGUGGUCAUACAAUUGCAGGAGAAGCACGUGAAAGACGAGCAGAUCGAACAUUGGAAGAAGAUCGUGAAGACCCAGGAGGAGCUGAAAGAGCUGCUCAACAAGAUGGUGAAUCUGAAAGAGAAGAUCAGGGAGCUCCACCAGCAGUACAAGGAGGCCUCGGAGGUGAAGCCCCCCCGCGACAUCACGGCCGAGUUCCUGGUGAAGAGCAAACACCGGGACCUGACCGCCCUCUGCAAGGAGUACGACGAGCUGGCGGAGACCCAGGCCAAGCUGGAAGAGAAGCUCCAGGAACUGGAGGCCAACCCCCCAAGCGACGUGUACCUGUCAUCGCGGGACCGACAGAUCCUCGACUGGCACUUCGCCAACCUGGAGUUCGCCAACGCCACUCCCCUGUCAACGCUGUCGCUGAAGCACUGGGACCAGGAUGACGACUUCGAGUUCACCGGCAGCCACCUGACCGUGCGGAACGGCUACUCCUGCGUGCCGGUGGCCCUGGCCGAGGGGCUGGACAUCAAGUUGAACACGGCCGUGCGGCAGGUCCGCUACACGGCUUCCGGAUGCGAGGUCAUCGCGGUCAACACGCGUUCCACCAGCCAGACCUUCAUCUACAAGUGCGACGCGGUGCUGUGCACCCUGCCCCUGGGCGUGCUGAAGCAGCAGCCGCCGGCCGUGCAGUUUGUGCCGCCGCUGCCCGAGUGGAAGACCUCGGCCGUCCAGAGGAUGGGCUUCGGGAACCUCAACAAGGUGGUACUGUGCUUCGACCGCGUGUUCUGGGACCCCAGCGUCAAUCUGUUCGGCCACGUGGGCAGCACCACGGCCAGCCGCGGGGAGCUCUUCCUCUUCUGGAACCUGUACAAAGCACCGAUCCUCCUGGCCUUGGUGGCGGGGGAAGCCGCGGGCAUCAUGGAGAACAUCAGCGACGAUGUCAUCGUCGGUCGCUGCCUGGCCAUCCUCAAGGGCAUUUUUGGCAGCAGCGCCGUGCCCCAGCCCAAGGAGACGGUGGUGUCGCGCUGGCGGGCCGACCCCUGGGCCCGGGGAUCCUACUCCUACGUGGCCGCGGGCUCCUCGGGGAACGACUACGACCUGAUGGCCCAGCCCAUCACACCGGGCCCCGCCAUCCCCGGGGCCCCCCAGCCUAUCCCCCGCCUGUUCUUCGCUGGCGAGCACACGAUCCGUAACUACCCGGCCACCGUGCACGGGGCGUUGCUGAGUGGGCUGAGGGAGGCCGGCCGCAUCGCCGACCAGUUCCUCGGCGCCAUGUACACCCUCCCGCGCCAGCAGUCGGCCGGGGCCCCCGCCCAGCAGUCUCCCAGCCUGUGAGCGCGGCUGGCAUGGGGCGGAAAUGUCCCCCCACGGGGGGCCCAGGUGGGCAGCCGGACGGCCGGGGACAGCUGCGGGGGGAGAGGGGGCGGGCCCGGCCCCGCUCGGCUUCCCCGGGGUCAGCGGAAGGAGUCGCGACGGUCGGUGUUGUUUGGUGUGAUGAUGUUUUUUACGCUUGGGAAAGUAAAGGUUCCUACAAAAGA